CUUUGUCAGUGAACAAAAUGGCCACCUACUGUCUGACUGUCGCCCGGCUCCAGCUGGCUCUGGGCCACGGUGCACGGCGCCUGCAUGUAUCUGCAGCCUACAGAGCCAAGGCCAGUGUGUCUAUGAGCCGCUUUGAGCCCACUUCCUACGUCAACUAUGAGAGGCUCCAGUCCAACGUUGACAUUGUGCGAAAAAGACUCAACCGGCCACUCACCCUGUCGGAGAAGAUUGUGUACGGCCACCUCGACGCCCCCCACACGCAGGAGAUCGACCGCGGUCGCACAUACCUGCGGCUGCGCCCCGACCGCGUGGCCAUGCAGGACGCCACGGCCCAGAUGGCGAUGCUCCAGUUCAUCAGCAGCGGCCUGCCGAAGGUGGCCGUGCCCUCCACCAUCCACUGUGACCACCUGAUCGAGGCCCAGACUGGAGGAGUGCAGGAUCUGGCCAGAGCAAAGGAAGUCAACCAGGAGGUUUACAACUUCCUGUCCACCGCUGGGGCAAAAUAUGGAGUUGGCUUCUGGAAACCAGGCUCUGGAAUCAUCCAUCAGAUCAUCCUAGAGAACUACGCCUACCCUGGAGUGAUGCUGAUCGGCACAGAUUCCCACACACCAAACGGCGGCGGGCUCGGUUCCAUCUGCAUCGGCGUCGGAGGAGCAGACGCCGUCGACGUCAUGGCAGGAAUCGCCUGGGAGCUCAAGUGCCCCAAGGUGAUCGGCGUGAAGUUGACCGGCAGCCUCUCAGGCUGGACGUCUCCUAAGGACAUCAUCUUGAAAGUGGCCGGCAUCCUGACGGUGAAGGGAGGCACUGGAGCCAUCGUAGAAUACCACGGACCAGGAGUUGACUCCAUUUCCUGCACUGGAAUGGCCACCAUUUGCAACAUGGGAGCAGAGAUCGGAGCCACGACCUCAGUGUUCCCCUACAACCACCGCAUGAAGACGUACCUGGAGAAGACUGGACGUGGACAGAUCGCUGCCCUGGCUGAUGAAUACUCAGACUUGUUGGUACCAGAUGAAGGCUGCGAGUACGACGAGCUCAUCGAGCUCAAUCUGGACGAGCUGAAGCCUCACAUCAAUGGACCCUUCACCCCUGACCUGGCUAACCCAGUGUCUGAAAUCGGUGCUGUGGCUGAGAAGAACGGCUGGCCGCUAGAGGUUAAAGUUGGUCUGAUCGGCAGCUGUACCAACUCCAGCUACGAGGACAUGGGCCGCGCUGCCUCCGUGGCCAAGCAGGCGCUGGAUAAAGGCCUGAAGUGUAAAGCUCAGUUCACGGUCACCCCCGGCUCCGAGCAGAUUCGCGCCACCAUCGAAAGAGACGGAUACUCAAAGAUCCUCGGUGAUGUCGGAGGUGUGGUCCUGGCCAACGCAUGUGGACCCUGCAUUGGACAGUGGGACAGGCAGGACGUGAAAAAGGGAGAGAAGAACACAAUCGUCACUUCCUUCAACAGAAACUUCACAGCCAGGAAUGAUGCUAACCCUGCAACACACGCCUUUGUUACCUCCCCUGAGAUUGUCGUCGCCCUGGCAAUCGCCGGCACAUUAAACUUCAACCCAGAGACGGAUUACCUCACAGCCGCCAACGGCGAGAAGUUCAAGCUGGACCCCCCCAACGGAGAUGAACUACCCGCCAAGGACUUUGACCCAGGCCAGGACACCUACCAGCACCCACCCCCCGACGGCGGCAGCCUCAGGGUGGACGUCAGCCCCGAGAGCAACCGGCUACAGCUGCUGGAGCCCUUUGACAAAUGGAGCGGAAGUGAUCUCGAGGACUUGAAGGUCCUCAUCAAGGUGAAGGGCAAAUGCACCACAGACCACAUCAGCGCUGCCGGACCUUGGCUGAAGUUCCGCGGUCACCUGGAUAACAUCUCCAACAACAUGCUGAUCGGUGCAGUCAACAGUGAGAAUGACGGCAUCAACAAGCUCAAGAACCUCCUGACAGGGGAGUACGGAGGCGUCCCCGAUGUGGCCCGUCACUACAAGGCCAACGGUGUGUCCUGGGUUGUGGUCGGAGAUGACAACUACGGCGAGGGUUCCAGCAGAGAGCACGCUGCACUGGAGCCCAGGCAUCUGGGAGGAAGAGCCAUCAUCGUCAAGAGCUUCGCCAGAAUUCACGAAACUAACUUGAAGAAGCAGGGUAUGCUGCCGCUGACCUUCAGCAACCCCUCAGACUAUGACAAGAUCUGCCCUGAUGACACCAUCUCCAUCAGAGGACUCCAAACCUUCGCUCCAGGAACGCCUCUCACCGCAGUCGUAAAGCACAGCGACGGCAGCGAGGACGCCCUGGAGAUGAUCCACAGCUUCAACAAGACGCAGAUCGAAUGGUUCCAGGCGGGCUCCGCCCUCAACAGGAUGAAGCAGCUGCAGUGAGGAAGAGGAAGAGGAGGAGCGAGGAACAAAACAUGGAGGAGGAGGUGGAUUUUCAAGGGAUAAAGGAUUGCGUGGAAGAUUGGGGGAUGAAGAAUGAAGAUGCUGUUAAUAAUCGUUCCAACAUCUGCAUUAGCACACGGUUUGGACUGAAGACGUGUCGGUAUACCUCAAAGAGUUAAAUGUUGAUUAGUUCAGUGCCAAGCUAAUGUUCAUGAUGGAACUAUAGCAACUCAGAUAUUUCUAAAACAUUUCAUUUGUCGGUACAUAGCGUUCUUGAAGGUACUGUACGCUGCUAUGUUUCAAAGCCAAACAGUGAUAACCGGUUAGAAAUCAGAGUCUGUUGUUAAAACAAAGCUUUGACACACACACACACACACUUUGACACACUAAGCUGAUUGACCCAAGCGGUGACACAAUACCCUGCCAGCUGAUGUACAGCUGUUCAAACAGGUCUGUAGAGUGUAUAAAGCCACUUCACGCUGGAGCUCAGCCAGCUGAUCACACACUUGCUUGAGGAUUGUGUUGCACACUGCAUUAUGGCAAUAACCAGCUCCAGUCAACCAUUGUCAUUCAUUCAACCUGCUCCACCUUGAACAGGGUAAACACUAAUGUUGGUUGCACCUCUGGGUCCAUUUGUUGUUUAUUGUAGUUGUAUUUGCCAUGACCACUUGGAUCCAAAAGGAACUUGUGGACACACACGUUCAUUCAUUUAUUUUCUCACCCCCUAGUGGCCACGAGGAGUUACUGCAGUGUCUACAAGGCACAGCAGCUACACAUUUUAUUUAUAUGUCAGUUUUAAAAGUAGCACCUAGUUGACACAGCUGUUUUCUAGGGAUUGUUGAAAGGCAUUCUGGGAAAUGUAGGAACUUGCACAAGAGCAUGGGGCAGUAAGUGCAUUCAACACAAAAGUUAAUGAAGCUAACGGCGUAACUGGAACAUCACAGAUGAAUUACUGUGUAUCUAACAGGGCAUUUAAUUUUUGUAUCCAUGUUCUUUACGCAAAGUAUGUUUUUAUCCAUCACAGUACAUGUUGUCAAUGUUACAAGAGGUUGCAGACAACCAUUGCAGACAUUUCCAAAGAUACAGAAAUAUUUGUAUGCUUCAAUACUGUGAAAGAAUACAGUAAAAACCCCUCUUCUUCUUCUUCUUCCACCAUCUUUAUACUGCCCUCCCGAUCAGUCCUUAACCUCUUUACAAGGUCAAACACGUCAUGUCUUUUUCCCCUUCUUUAUUUAUUAAUCCUUUUUUUUCUGUAAAAGGUUCAGAUCUUGCGCUCUUUUUCCAUAAACCUCUUUUUACGGCUAGCACAGGUUCAACAUGGACCUGUGUCCUCUUCCAUCCCGUGUUUUCAGUACCCUUUUUUGUAGGGUAGCAUGUUACUUUUACCGCGACAAAGAUAAAGAACGUUAACAGCAUAGUCUGUUUUGCAAUGGUGGAGAAAAAUGUAAAACUGCUGUUGAAUUACCACUGUGGCGACUCAUAAGAACCCCACAUUACUGUGCCAGCUGCUUUUGGUCCUCUGGAUGAUAUAAUUAACCAAAACCUUAACAUGUGGAUCAUGACAUCAGAUCAGAAACUAGAUGUGUUUUUGUCUUUAUGCCUAUCUUUACUUCCCUUCCUGGUCCCUUCAAUUUAAAUGCAUCGAGAGGUAAAUCAGAUGAAAGCUUAAAACCACUCUCUUCCUCUAACCGACUGUAUGUGAAGUGUCUGGUUCCGUGUACAUUUAAGUGUUAUUUUUCUCCCAGAUAAUCUUUUCUGUAUUACAGAAAUACCAAUGGGUUGUAAAAUAAAAAUCACAGAUCUCAUUUAUUUA